GCUCAGCCAAGUAUUUCGCUAAGUUACAUUAACUAUGGAUUCACAAUAUUUAAUAUUAUAACACAUUAUGCAUCCUAGUUUUUAAACGAAGGAUAAAAUGAGUUACCCAUUAACCUUAACAGAUCUAACCCACUAUGCGCCCUCGCCCGUGCUCCAGGCUUUCUACACCCGCAAAUCUGACGCUUCGUCGCUAGCUUGAUGACGCAUAUUAGUUUAAUUGAUGCGGCUAUCAAGUCAUUUGUAGAAGCCCCGCGUAAAACAGGCGGAAGAGUUGUGUACACAAAAGAACAACUACAAAGUUUACGUUUCUCACGAAUCGUACGCGAAUGGCCCCCUUCUUUUGAUCGAAGAUUUUCCCGUUCUAAAUUCAGAAAAAACACUUGUUUAUAUCCUCCACUUAACCGUUUAUCGUACUGCAAAUCUCUGACUCGCGUGAGUGAUACAAGUCGUUCCGAUAAUGAUAGAAGCGAUGCUAAAAAGCUUUUAUACCUUUGCGACGACGCUGUUGUUUCAGCGGCUGUCGGCGACGGUACAGAGACUAGAAAAGAUCGCGGUUCGGAAUCAAGCUUUUAUGAUCGACCAACAUUAUCAUUUCAAGCACUUCGUAGCCGUCAACGUUUUGUUAAAUGCUCUGUAAACAUACCAGACUGGUAUGUUCAUGGCCCUCGAGCGGUUGAAGAAGAAAUGGAGAUUUCUGACUGCAAUAUGCAUGAUGUGGGUCAUUCCCCAGCUUCGUGUCCCGCGAAGUGUCUCGAUGAUGAGAAAGAAAAUGCGUCGAAACCAAUUAUGGGCGACUACAAGAAGUUUGGUCACAAAGCUGGGUCAGCUCUUCAGUUUCAAUGUCAAGGUUUCGCAAGCGAUGCGAUGCAGAAUGAGUCUGAGAGAAUCGGUUUCAGAACUCCAAAUGUUACUACUUUACGUGAGAUUGAAUCUAACUUAAAUAUUGAAUCCGAAAAUUUGAGUCACAAAUACGACAUGAGUGCCUGUUAUAAACUACUGGGUCUUGUUGGAAAAUCCACUCCGGAUUCUCUCACACAUCCAGUCCAAGGAGAAGACUCGUUUCGGCGCAGCGCCGACUGUAGGAGUACGAACAACAAUCAGCCACAUGUAACUAAGUGCAAAUUGAUGCAUCCCACGGCUGAACUUUUUAAUGACCCCGCUGUAUCCAACUUUGUAGAAAAAGGUCAAUCAAUUUGUGCAGAUUUAUCACAUGAAUCAAACCCACAUAUACUAAAUGCCAAAGCAAAACUAAACAUGGCAACGCAGAUGGCUUGUAACCCACUAACAGCAUCAUAUCAGCGCCAAAUGAUGGCUUCUGGACCUUUGGGACAUAAUGCGCUGCGAUGGUUUAAAGCGAUGACGAAUGCAGCGGCAGCUAACGCGUGUAUUAGUCAGCGAGUAGAUGGAUCAGCUACACAUUUGGCUGCAAAGGAAUCCGGUGAGAACUUUAGUGAAGUCGAUUCACAAGAAAGAGUAAAAUAUAAUUCUUCUGAGAACCCUUGUCAAAAGCCAAACGAAGUUGACCGGUUUGUUCCUUUCCAUACUCCCACACAAGUUGACGCCAGCAGACAAGAUGAAAUGACGGCUUCACCUGUUAACCAGCUCUACAAACCGCUCUUUGAUUGGCCGUUUUAUUUUGGAUCAUCUAGAUUAAUGCUCGACUCUGCAUUUGGAGUGGGGUUUAAUCUGUCUUCACGUCAUUUGAAACCACCGAUGUUCUAUUACCACCCCCAGAUGAUGCAGUUUUUGAGCCGACCAUUGGUGCAUCCACUUAUUUUGCAGCAAAUCUUACAGCGUCAAUUUAGUCUCAGAAAUCCCGCUCUGCAACUGCCUUUCAACUAUUUGAGAACCCACGUAAUGAUGCAGUUGCCAUUUGAAUCUAGUUGUUCGCCUACUUUUCAAUCAUCGGGUGGAGUCGAGAACCCACAGGAACCAUUGCUUGGCCCACAAGCGUCUGUACAACCUUCCUUUUCACCUUUGAUCCAGGAGAUUCACUCUACGGAGCAAUAGUGCUAUACCCGUUUGGAUAAUUGAACUAGUAUUAUGAUCUAGUUGUUUUUUGUUCCACUGGCCAUCCCCUUACCCGAGCAAACUGUCACUUCUCUCAUAACUUCGUCCUGCCAUUGCACUGUACCCUAACUUCCAUCCGUGGCGUCGUUCCUUGGAUUGUUGUCCUCAUUCGGUUACGUUUUCGUUGCUUUCCUCCGUUAUUCCGCAUUGUUGUCAAGCCAUAACAUAAUUCCAGUACUCUGUCGAA